AUGGCAGGGAAUACUCAACAAGUGCAUCCUCAUGAUGAAUUCGAUUUUGAAGAAACAGGUUCGAUGGAGUCGGAUGAUUCUACUAACAAGGAGUUGCACCACAGGAGAAAGAUGAGACGAUUAUAUUUGGUGGCAGUAGUGGUAUUGAUCCUAACGGUGGGGAUUUUGGUGUUUUCAAUAACAAUCUUUCAUAUCAACGCUCCCAGUUUUCGAAUUCGAUCAUUCACCAUUGAUGAGCUCACUAUAAGUAGCGCAAACACCGUUGAUAUGAAAUUCGAAGCUGAAAUGGGCAUAAAGAACACCGAUUUCGGCCACUUCGAUUUCGAACAGACCUCACUUAGCUUCUUUUACAGGGGAGCUCGUCUUGCACUGGGCCAUGAUGAUGAUGAUCACGAUGAUUCGUUGAUCGACCAAGGAAUUGUCAAAGCUCGAUCAACCAAGAAGAUUAAGUUCUCAGCUGAAAUGGGAACCACCAGUUCGAUGUCGGCUGAAGAUAUCGAAUCCAGAUAUUUUACUUUAAAUUGUAAAGCCACGAUGAAUGGAACAAUUCACUUGAUGAAGUUGAUCAAGAGGAAAAGAUCUUCUGAAAUGAAUUGCAACGUCAAUAUUAAUUUGUAUACCAAAGUUGUCCUUGAUAUAAAAUGCAAAUAG